AUUUGUUGUCGUAUAAUAUUUUCCCAUAUUCGCAUUUCAUAUCAACUGGUCCUUUAAUUAAUUAAUUAAUGUAAAAUUAUAUCAAAUCCAGCGUAUAGAAGAUUUUUCAAUUCAUUUUUGAGUUAAUUCUGGAAAUAUAAGAUUAACGAAAAUAUAGCAAGUAUCAAUCAAGUUAAAAAUACAGCUAUGAAUAUGGAUACAGGAAGUGAUUUAUCAUCUCGGUGCCAAAAUUUAAAUAUAAGUGGUACAAAUGAUGUGAACAAUAGGAGUAACCAGGCAUCUACUCCUUCAAAGAAGAAAAAUGCGAAAAAAAAAGAAAGAUUGAAACCGAUACAAAUGCCAACACCAUCCAUUGAAUUUAAUUCAUUAAGGGGACUGAGCAAUUCCAUGCAGCGGUUUUUUAUGAACGAGGUAACACCAAUGUAUGCUAAUAAUAGUACAAGAUGUUUAGAAUAUGCUUAUUUUCCACAAUACAUGAAUAACACUAGAGAAAUGUCACAUAAUGUAUAUCAUCCAAGAAGUGUUCCUAGCACACCAAUAUUACAAAAUGGACAGAACAUAAUGGGGCCAUCAAGCCCCCUGUUAUAUGCAUCUCAACCUGCAACACCAUUAGUACAAAAUGUAAUGCAACAUCCUUUGUUAAGUUUAUCAUUGCCAAAUGGUCAACAAAAUCCUAGUUGCUCUCAACGCAAUAAUAUUACACCAAACAUGAUGAAACAAAAUUCUAUGCAUUUUUCGAAAGUUUAUUAUAAGAAUUCUCCAAGAUCUACAAUGCAGCAGAAAAAAAAGCAAAUGACUAAAGAUGACAAAAAAUUUGAACCACAUUUAUCUGUAGAAGAAGUGCAACUGGGAUUAAAAAACAAUAGUUUCAUUGAAGGUGUUCUCAGAAUAAAUCCUAAACAAUUUCAACAUUCAUAUGUCUCAAGCAAUGAUCGCAGUGAACAAGACAUUCUUAUUGAUGGAAUUAGAAAUCGUAAUCGUGCUUUGGAAGGGGAUAUUGUUGUAGUUCAAUUAAUAUCAGAUAGUGAUAGUGAAGAUGGUGCAGAUGACAAUAAACAAAAGAAGGGUAAAGUUGUUUAUAUUAAAGAAAAAGUUCAUACUCGUGCUUGUAUUGGAAAAUUGAAACUGAUGCCUGACAAAAAUAGGCAAAAAGCUUUAUUUGUUCCUCGUGAUCAUAGAGUACCACGAUUAAAUAUACCAUUUACAUGUUGGCCUGACAAUUUUUAUUAUGAUGCUAAAAAUUAUGAAAAUACUUUAUUUUUAGCCAAAAUAAUAGAUUGGUCUGAUACUAGAUUUGCUAUUGGAAAAAUUGAAUGUAAUAUAGGCCAGUCUGGUAAUAUGAAGACAGAAACAAAGGCUAUAUUAGCACAAACAGAUUUAGAUGUAACACCCUUUGGACCUGAAGUCAGAGGGCUAUUCCCUAGUCAAGAUUAUGUAAUACCUGAAGAUGAAAUUAGGAAAAGGGAGGACUGUCGUGCACUGUGUCUAUUUAGUAUAGACCCAUUUAAUUGUCGUGAUAUUGAUGAUGCUGUUUCAUGUAAAGUACUAGAUAAUGGAAAUUUUGAAAUUGGUGUGCAUAUUUCAGAUGUGGCACAUUUUCUUACUGAAAAUACAAUACUAGAUGAAAAAGUGGCAGACAAAGCAACCACAAUUUAUUUAGUAGAGAAAGCAUAUCACAUGUUGCCUGAUGAACUGUGUAUGCUGUGUUCUCUUUUUCCUGGUAUUGAUAAACUGGCAUUUUCUGUGUUUUGGGAAAUAACCAAAGAUGCAAAGGUAAUCAGUCACAGGUUUUCAAAAACUGUAAUUCAUUCUUGUUGCCAAUUAGCUUAUGAUCAUGCACAGGCAAUUCUAGAUAAUAAUGUGGAUGCUAAAGAUAAAUUUCCAGAGACAUACAAUGGAUUUCAAUAUUCCGAUAUACAAAAGUCAAUUAAAAUAUUAGGUGAAAUAUCAUCUAAAUUUCGUAGGCGUAGAUUUGAGAAUGGGGCAUUAAGAAUUGAUCAAUCGAAAGUUGCCUUUCAAUUAAAUACUGCAAAUGGGCUACCAGACUCUUUUUACAUUUAUGAAAGUAAAGAAAGCCAUCAACUUAUUGAAGAAUUUAUGUUGCUUGCAAACAUGACUGUUGCUGAAAGAAUUUAUAAUGACCACCCAAAUCUGGCAUUUUUACGGUGCCACCCAGAACCUAGUGCUUUUAUGUUGAAACAAUUGGCUAAAUCAUUAGAGCCCCUGGGCAUUAAUUUGGAAAUAUCCUCAGCGGCUGAUUUACAUCGGUCAUUAUUGCCACAUGUGGGGCUUAAUUGUACGGAUAAAGGCAAAGCAAUGGUGCUGAACAUGUUAUGUGCAAAGCCAAUGACUAGAGCAAAGUAUUUUUGUGCUCAUGGUUGUGAUAAUGAUGACCUUCAUCACUAUGCUCUUAAUGUGUCUUUGUAUACACAUUUCACAAGCCCUAUUAGACGUUAUGCUGAUAUAAUGGUUCAUAGAUUGCUAGCAGCCAGCUUGAAGUAUAGAGAAGUACCAACAUGGGAUGUAGAUAAAGUUCGCAUGAUAGCAGCACAAUGCAAUAAACAAAAAUAUAAUGCUAAAAAAGCAGGAGAAAUGUCAACAGAACUAUACACUUUGAAAUAUAUUGAAUUAAAUUCACCAUUUGUUACCGAAGCUGCUGUUGUUGAUGUACGAGAAAAAUACAUUGAUGUAAUUAUAGUAAUCAUGGGUUUGAAUAGAAGAAUAUUCUUUAAUAAUGAUUUUCCCGGUCAAUAUAAAUGCAUAAAAAAUGAUGCCGGAACGAAGCUCUCCAAAAUGGAAUUAACUUGGCAUGCAACUGCUAAUUUGCCCGAAAUAACUCAAGUAAUAGGAGUGUUCUCUAUUUUGCAAGUUGAAUUAAACAGAGAUGAUGAUAUGGUUAAAGUAGAAACUAAGUUAGUACGACCCAAAUAGACAAUUUAAAAUGUUUAUAAUUUUAUUUAAAAUUAAAACUAUUUUGACUACAAAUUAUAAAAAAAAGUGUACACUCUGUAAAUAGAACGGUAUAUUUUUUUUACUUAAUUGUUAAGUAAUUUUAUCAAAUUGUGAUAGAAAUUUCUGAAAUGUACUUUUUAUCCUUAUGAUAUGGUCUUAAUUUUUUGCUUUUAUUUUACAAUUGAAAAUGAAUGUACUUAUGUGAUGAAUUUUCUAAGAUAAUGUCUCGUCAAAUCUAUUUUUUUAUUAUGUAUACCUAUACGUAAUAACAUUUUUGACUGUUAUAAACUAUGAUAUAUAUAUAUUGUCAUGUGCAUGUCACAUGUGUUUUAUCUAUAUUGUAUGCAUACAUGUAUUUCUGACGAUAUUUUUCGCCGUUUUGAGAAAAUAAGUAGUGUAUAAAGUAAUAGUACUAUAUGUAGUUAAACUAGAAUUACAUUUAGUACUAAGCGAAUUCUAUUCUCUGAAAGACAUUAAAAAUGGUCUACCAUCCAUGUAUAUACCUAUGUACGCCGCGACCUAAUAGUGACCGAACAAUCGCUGAGCGUACGCGUCGAGCGUGCGAAGCGGCGGCAGCACGUAAAUGUCAAGAUAAUUAAGACCACACCCAAUCUUUCAGUAGACAUUUUAUCGCUCUCUGCUUCUUUAACGUAACGGUAGAUUUAUGCAUGCCACUAGGGGUUACAAAUUCAAUUCUGGAAUAAUGUAAACUGUAACCACUCUAAGUUAUCGAAUAUUAUUCUACAAGAACAUUUUCCCACUGUAUGUAAGGUAUAUAUAUACUUCUUUGCUAUGUUCUUCUGUAGUAUGUAAUUCGUUAAUACUUUAUAAAUAGGUAUUUCUUCAUAUAAAUGUUAAGAUAGAAUUAAAAGUUUGUUUCUAACAUUCUGUUAACCAUAACAGUAUGGCAGGUUUGUCACCUCAUAUUUACAACCGAUAGCCCGCGAGCCAGCAUCAGGUCAUUGACCUGAUGUCAAUGUGAACACUUUCCUCCGUGUUGAAAACUUCUAUAAUGGUCACGGUAGUUGAUUUAUGUAGUUUAGUGAAUGUCAAUUGCCGUUACGAGGGUGGGUUAAGGAACAGGACCCUCACAAAUAAUCAUUAUUUUUUUAAUUAAAAUAAACCUUAUGCGCUACAACUUCAACUUUCAUUUCAAUCCUUAUUUAGGAAAUUUAUUGUAACAUAUUAUCUACUCCUUAUUAGAUUCGGUUGUAUAAAAUGUAACGGCUAUUAUGUUGUACUGUAUGAUAUAGAAUAUAAACUAUGCAUUAUAACUUCAAAGUCCAUUUCAGUUCUUGUUCAAAUUAGUUGAAAUUAUAUUAACAUAUACUAUUUUGUCCAGUGCUCAGAUGGCGUUGUAAAAAAUAAAAUGGCGCUAUUUAGUUUGUUUGCUUUUUGGCUUACAUUGCGUUGUACAAACAACGCCAUCUACUAAGCAGUAGUACAAUCUGUUAAAAUAAGUUCUCUAAAUAAACACUAUAAAGUUAUUGUGCAUAGGAUCUAUUUUCAUCAAAAAAAAAAAUGUUUGCGGGGAUGGGUUGAGUAGCAGGACCCUCCUGCUAUUCAACCCAUCCCCGAAACCGCAGUUGACUUUCAUUAACUUCAUAAUACAAUUAUCUUAAGCAUUUUAAAAGUUUUCGGCCGAGAAGAAAUAAUUUCGGGUACUACUAUAGCAAUAACACUACCUUGUAUUAUUUCAUUAAGAUUAAUUACAUAAGUCUGUGUAUGCUUUAUUUUAUCUUACAUUUAUAAGUAGUCUUAAUGUUGUAACGAUGCAAGUUCGUAAUAAUGACAUUAAUUUAAAAUAUUGUAUUAGAGUAAAUCUUUCUUAUCUAGAUGUGGAAUAGAGUUCAAAUUAAUUUGAAUAA